AUCUGUGACAUCACAAUGGGGCAGCGUGAUCGAAACAGUGAUAUUGAAAUAAAUCAACUAUCUAACAAAAUGGCUGAAAGACAACGAAAACUAAAAAUUCAAACUGGAGUUGUGAAAAGAAUUGCUAAAGAGAAGGUGAUGUAUGAAAAUGAAGCUGUGGGUAUUGCAGAAAAGAUCAGUAAGAUGGAAGCUACUGGCGAAGAUGAAUAUGUUAUAAAAAAGCAAAAGGAGGUCUUGGCGGAAUCUAAACAAAUGGGUCCAGAUUGUCAAAAAAGACUUGAACAAGCAAUAGAAGUAUUAAGCGGUCUUGUUGAAACUGAAAAAGAUCUGGAAGAAACUGAAGAAUAUCGAAAUGCUGUGAAUCAACUAAAUGAAGUGAAAUAAGCUUUGUAACUGCAAAAUAUGAAUACUGUAUUAGUGUUAUACAUUGAAAAUGUAGUUUGAACAUGAUUUGAAAUGAGUAUAUAUACCAAUGUAGUUUAUGUAGAAAAUCACAAUUCAUCGAAAUUUAUAAUAAAUGCCAGUACUGGAAAUAUUUAAAUAAAAUUGACUUGACGAAAUUUGAAGUUAUCCUGAAAAGCUGCUUUGUAAGAAUUUACAAAUUACUGCUUUUUGCAGGCUUUAUUUUUGCUGAGAAAUCAUUUUUAUUAUGUCCAUUUUAAGAUGAUAUUUCAAAAUUUUAUCGUUGUUAUAAAGCACAAUUCCGAAUAUUUGAAUCUAUAUUGAUUGAAAUGCAGAAUCCUUUUUCUGGGUAUCUUUGAAUUUAAACAAAAAUUAAAUUUUUGAUUUUGGCAGAUUUUUCUUCAAAUAGCAGUCUAUACAUAUUCCCAGGACAUCUUAGUUAUAUCUCAUUCCUGAAUGAUUUUGACUUAUAAACUAAUUUAUGAUAUCUCAUCUGAUGUUUCAUUCAUGAACAUCAUAUUUCACAUCUAAAUUAUAGUUAGACCAGUUGUUCCAAUACUGUGUUUACAUACUUCACCAUUGACAAAUACAAAUUAAAUAGUAAGAUUACAUCAUUUGUUAGCACAGUACGUUCUCCUCAGCAGAAUUGUACAAAUUCAAUUACCGAUGUUAAAUCCACCUCAUAAACAAAAUUUUUAAGUGUGAUUUUUUUAGACACAUUACAAAAUUUUAGAACUGCUAUUCAUAGGGGAAUAUGCAGGUUACUUCAAUCAACCACUCAAUAGCUCUUGAUUGCAUGAAUAUCGUAUCAUUUAAGAUGUUGCAUCAAUUAUAUCAAUGUCAGCAAACUCAUGAUAUCAUCACUGCUUAACGUGUAUUUUUUGUUUCCUUGUUCUGGUACACACCAAGAUCUGUAAGACUCGAACUGGUUUAAGUCUCGUAUAAUAUAAUACUUUUGAAAGCAGUUUUCAAUUUUCAUUUCAGUCUCCUUAAGACUUUUUUUUGUUUUAGGUGUAUUAAUGAGUAUUGGUAUAUUCUUGUUUAGUAUAAUUUCAGCUGUGAUUCAUAAUUUCAUUAUGAACCAUGAUUUGACUGUUCCAUACCAUACUUAAUAUUUGUUUAAGAAAGCUCAUUGAUAAAAUGCGGCCUGUUUUAGAUUUCAUUUCUUCAAGUGUUGUACAUGAUUUAUAGUUGAAACAUACUUUGGCUAUUCUUAUACAUUAUAAUUGUUUAAUUAUUCACUGGGUCUUUAUUUAUCUUGCAUGCAUAUUUUACUAUUCAAUUUAGUUUUGUAAAAUUUUGUUUCAG